AUGGCCGAGGUGACGACCAAGAAACGGGGUCGCCCGCCCAAGAAACAACGUCCUGCGGAUGCCGACGCGGUGCUUUUGCAACACGACAAAACAGACGGUGGCGAUGACGACGGCAAUGGUGAUAUUGUUCCCGCCCCGAAAGCACGAGGCAGACCGGCUUCAUCGUCUACAAGGGUGUCUGUGACUCCGACGGCGAGGACAGGAAGAGCAAAACAAACUGUUGGGGAGGUGGUUGGUGUGGCUACGGGGGAGAAGCCCAAAGCAUCGGCAUCGGCCAAGAAGAAAGCUCCCGCGGUCGUCAAGACUCCAGAUGCGGCAACGACUCCCUCUACGUCCAAGGAUCGCAAGACUUCAGCAAAAUCCCUCGCCAGCCAACAACACGACGCAUCUGCCACUGUGGCAGAAGGAAAAGCAAAGGCAAAACCUGUAGCCAAGAACGCAGAAGCCUCAAGGCCUUCGACUACUGCCGCCGCUCCGUCUACAUUACUACGGGUAGAAAGCGAGACUCACUCGAUACAGAACAGCGGCCAGCAGCGACAGCAGCAGCCAACAACGACACCGACGACGGCGGCGGCUGGCCUAGUAUAUCCAGGCCAACUAUCCAUCUCCAAGAAGAUCCUUGAGCACGCCAAGGCCUUCUCGAGAGGUUCCGACCGGUUACAACUUGAUUUCCUACAGCUCAUCAGCCAGAAAGAAGCUGCGUAUACUACGACUCGGCAUCCAUCGUCGCCGCACGCCGGACCUGACACGCAGGAGACACCGACAUCAGCGUCACAAACCUCUUUUGAGGCAGACGCAAUUCCUGUGCCAGCUGACGAAACUACCUCCAUCCCUCCUUCAAUAGGCAGGGCAUCGACAGCGGCAGGAGGGGCAGCAUCAGCCUUGACAAGUGAUACGGUCCAUCCAGUCUCAACACAGAUGGCAAUUCCACCUCUCAGCCCACAACAACAAGCAUAUCAUCCACAUCCACCGCCUCCCUCCUUCCUGUCCUCUCCUCCGCUUGGCACCGCUCAAACCCAGCACCAAACAGUCCGCGCGUACUCCUCAACGAAAGCCCUGCCCAUGUCCACUACAAUCGCAUUGGCCGCCCGUCAGCACAGUGGCCCCGCUGGAUCAAAGCCCUCAAUGCCACCACGACCAACGACCAUCCCUCCCGAGGUACCGCACGCGCCAAAACUGACCGAGUUGCCGCUUGAGCAGCUGAAAAGGGACCCCAGGUACAGGAAGGCGUCGACGCGGUAUACCACGUUUGUGGUGGCGCUGCCUUUUGCCAUUGUUAGUAGUUACUUUUUGUGGGAGAGGUACCGCGAACACCAGGCGUACUUGCAGAAAGUCCGGGAUGCCCGAGCCAAGGGGCCAGGAACAGAUGAUUCGGCCUCAACGCCCGUGUCGGGGUUUGUGCCAGAACAACAUGAUCGUGAAUAA